AAGGCGGAAGCUGACCGCAACACCGCCAUACGCACUUAAAAGAGUGCAUGUUAACUCAGUACUAAUCAUUGCUGCUUAGUUGAAUUGUAUUUAAAAUUCUACCCUGUUUAAUAUAGUAAAGAAAAUGAAAACAAAGAAGCAUGUUUGUAUAGACUUUUUUUUUCAUUUGAAAUGUAUGGAAGAUUUGAAUAUUACUGCUCCACAUGCACACUCUGUAUAGUACGUAUUUCAAUGUUCAUGCGCAUACAGAAAUAGUACCAGAAGUAAAUGAAUUUUCAUUUAAAUUCAUGUACACAUAUGAGAUGUAAUUUUGAAUUUCAAAAUUUCAAAUGUACAAAAGUGAUAUAAAUAACACUUAUGAUUAAUAUAGACAUGCUUACGUUUCGAAUAAAAAAAUCAUGUACAAUGCGUAGUAAUAUCAAAACGUAAACAAGAUAGCGUGGGUUUGAGAAAGCGAAAGUGUCCAGAGAAGAUUUUGAGCAGAUUUUCAUCAUUAGAAGGAAUUCAGUAAACAACAACUGCGUAAAAAGAUCAAGAAUUAGAGAGAAGUUGACAUGGCUACAACUAUCUCUCUGUCAGAUCUGAUGGCGCAAAAGGGUCAAAUCCCUUACACUAAGAGUGUUAAAGCCAAAGUGAUCGACACCGAUCCGGAACAUUCCUACACCAAUGAGAGAAAUGAGUCACGUAUUCUGAAAAACUGUGUCAUAGCUGAUGAGGGAAAAGCAGUUCUGUGCGUUGUGUAUGACCAGACAAAAUUCCCAAGAUUCAAGGAGGGGAGCUCAGUUAUCUUGAGAAAUGUGAUUAAGAAGCCUGACGGGGUUGCUGUCACUAGCAACACAAAGGUAUUCCCCUGUGCAGAAGUUAGUGUUCCUGAGCACAUUGUGAACCAAGCUAAAAAUCUUCUGCACCCCCCACCUGCCCCAACAAAGACGGUGAGCGAAGCUUUGAAUUCGCCGCCUAAAGAGAGAGUUUCAAUAAAGGGGACAAUCACCCAGGAAGAAGCAACAAGACAAGUUUUCGUAAGGGAGGAAAGAGUUAAUGUAAAGAACAUUUACAUAGAGGAUGCAACAAGCAAGUGCAAAGUUGCAUUGUGGCGCAGCUUUGCUGAAAAAGACAUAAGACCAGGAGAUUAUGUCCAUAUCACAGAUGUUGUGAUCAACACCUUCCGCAAUGAAGUGUCCUUGACAACAACUUCAAAAACCAAAAUUACAAAGACGGAUUGUCCUCCAGAAGUGAAAGUCAAGCAGGCUGUCUCUGGCUGUGUUGAUGGGGAAAAUAUGACAUUCCUGUUGGAAGAUGAUACCAUUCUAACCAUGCCAUUGGAAUUGGUAGAAGUUGCCCUACCAAAUGUUGAGAAAGAGGAAAUUGAAAGUUAUGUAAUCAGCCGCUGCAAUCCGAUGCUGUCUAUUAGAUGCACCUCAAAGGGAAGCAGUGUCAUAAGCAUUGAGUUUUUGUGAACAUUAAUGUAAUGUUCUUUGAACACUUAAUAAUCUUAAAGGAAUUCUAGAAAUAAUCUCCGCCAUGUUUAAUGUCUCCAUUAAAAGAUGUUUACUUUUAUCAUAAACAUUUGCUUGAAAAUAAUUUGGAAAUUUUCUGCUGUCCAGAAACAUUUUUAGAUGUGAACUGAUCAAUUGCAUGUUGAGUAGUUGUAUUGUUUUGUAGGAGUGUGGAUGUUCUUGUGAAUUUUGUUUUUUUUGUUAUGCUUGUCUGCAUAUUUCUUAUCAAAUUGUAACAUUUUUUAAAGCAAGUUCUGCUUUUUUGUAUAUAUUUCAUCUAAAUACUUUGUUUGUUUACAUAUGGAUUGUUCUACACAGAGAGUCUAGAAAUCUUAACAUACGGCUAUGUUUCAAGGUGAUUUUGCCUUGUUUCUUAUCUGGCAUAGAGACUCUGCAUAUACCAGGUUAUGUCCUGCUACCUAAUUUCACUUAUUGUAUAGCCAUUAUUGCAAAUAUCAUUUAUAUAAAUUUCUCAGAAUAAUAUCAUUACACAGUCCUGUAUGUUCAUACAUUUCGUUAAAAAAAAAACAGGUUGUGAAUAACAACAUACAAUGUCCUUUGAAAAUAUAUCAUACAAUAUAAUUCUUUACCUUUCAAUUAUUCCUAUAUUUCAUUGCCCUAUUACAUUUUCAUUUACCUGACUAUAAUCCUAAAAUAUGUGUCAUACCAAUUGUAACAUAUAUUUUGCAUAGAACAUAUGAAAGUUGACAUCAUAAGUAUUAUUGAAACCUGAUAUUUUUCAGAAAGUGCCAAAAAAUGCCAUAUUUUACAAUUGUUUACCUCUUACAUAUUUUUAUAUUUCAUUGCUCAAUUACUUUUUCAAUUAUGCUUCCUAAAAUCCCAAAAUAUGUGUCAUACUAAUUGUGUAGUGCCGACAAAUGCCAUGACCUUUUCAUCAAUUGUGUGCUUGUCUGAAAUAGCAUUGAUGCAUUUCUCUCUGUGGACAAGUUAUCUUCUAAAAUAUGUUACAGUUUUUUUU